GCCGCCCCGUUCCCCUCCGACAUCUCCGUCCUCUGCCCUGAUGUCGAACGAACAAUUGCCGUCUCCGUCGAUUCCAAGGUGGCAGUUGCACAAUAGGUCUGCCCACCAUGUCAGCAUAGAGGAAAUCCAAGAGUAUUACAUGGUGGUUAGUCAGACAUUCAGAAGCGAGGAAGAAGGUUUCGAGUUCUAUAACGGGUAUGCUAAAGCGAAAGGGUUCAGUGUGAGGAAGGCAAAUGUGAAAAACAAGGGAGGCAUCAGAACCCAAAGGCUGUACAUGUGCAGCAAAGAAGGGUACAGGUCCAUGAAGAACUUUGAGAGGGUCGAGCGUAAAAGAAAAUCUAGGGCACUCUCUCGUUGUGGAUGUGAUGCUAGGUUGCAGAUUGAGCUCAAUAUGGAAACUCGUGAAUGGUUUGUGAAGGAGUUCAGUGACCGCCAUAACCAUAAAUUAGCUAAGCCUGACCAGACACCUUUCUUAUGGUCUCAUCGUGGGCUGAAUGAUGCUCAAAAAGCUGACGUCAUUGAGUAUGGUAUUGGUGGCCUUCGGACUCAUAAGAUAAUGGAGGUAAUGGAGAAGCAGCAUGGUCAUUACAGUAAGGUUGGGUUCGUGUCUCGGGAUCUGUACAAUUUUAUUGCCGAGUACAAGAAGCAAAGGAUUGAAGGUUUUGAUGCUCAAUAUAUGCUGAACUAUAUGGCAGCGAGACAAGAGAGUGAUUCUGAAUUUUUCUACAGGUAUAGCACCGAUAGUGAGGGUCAUCUCGAAAACAUUUUUUGGGCAGACGCGCAGUCCCGGUUGGACUACGAUGCAUUUGGUGGUGUUGUCGUGUUUGACAGCACGUACCGUGUGAACAAGUAUAACUUGCCAUUUGUCCCGUUCAUUGGAUUGAACCACCAUCGCAGCACAAUUGUUUUUGGGGUAGGCAUUGUAUCGGACGAGACCAUCGCAUCAUAUGUGUGGUUACUCCAUGCAUUUUUGGAGGCUAUGCACCAGGAACAUCCGCCGGUCAGUUAUCACAGAUGGGGACCAUGCAAUGGCUAAAGCGAUCUCACAGGUAUGGCCGAAUACAGAUCAUCGGCUGUGCAGCUGGCACAUCGAACAAAAUAUGGUACGCCACCUCCGCAACCCAAAGCUCAGUGACUUCCGACAACUGAUCUACCGCAACUUCGAUGUUGAUGAGUUUGAGAAAGGUUGGGCUCAGUUCAACAAGCACUAUAAUAUAACUGAGAAAGACACAUGGAUUUGGGCGAUGUACGACCUAAGAAAGCAGUGGUCUGCAGCCUACACCAAAGGGAGGUACUUCCUGGGCAUGAGGAGUAAUCAGAGGAGUGAGAGUCUAAACUCGACACUUCAUGUGCAGCUGGAUAGAAGAAUGAGACUUGUUGAUUUGCUGCAGCAUAAUGAACACUGUAUCUCAGUUAUGCGAAGAACUGAGGCUGCGCUGGAUGCUGUCGCUUCGCAGUCUGUGCCAUUCAUUCACUGAGUUAACCGCCGACCCAUUGGAGAAAAAUGCCUCACAUAUAUACACUCCUACAAUGUUCAAGAGAGUAAAGGAGGAGAUUGUGGGGUUAUCAAAAUGGCAAGCCGAGGAGGAGAUGGAUGCGGAAGAUAGUUUCGUGAGGUUUGCAGUUACUCGUAAAGAACGCAUGCACGUGAGAUUUGAAGUGAGGUGUGUCUACGCGGGGUCGAAGCUGGAGAGUGUGAACUGCCAAUGCCGGAAGAUGGAGUGUGAGGACAUUCCAUGCGUGCACAUAUUUGCUGUUCUUAAGUACCUUGGGUUAGACACUAUUCCUAGUUGCUGUAUUGCGAGAAGAUGGACAAUGAAAGCCAAGCUUGCAUUUGAUUCUGACAGGAGCGCGAGCACACAACAAUGGUCAGAACGGAUGGACCGAUACCACAAUCUUCGUAACAGGGGCACCGUCGCUUUUUUUAAUGCGUCGAAAUGCGAAAUGCAGUCAGAGAGGGUGAUGGCAUUUCUCGACAGUCUUACUGAUCAGGAGGGUGAGAAUGAUGAGAAUACAAACAUGGCCUCCUUUGGUCCUUUACCGGCAUAUUUUUCUGCCGCGCGCCAAACCUUUAAUACGAAAGUCCUUGAUCCAAAACCAAUUACCCCAAAAGGCGCUCCAACAAAGGAUAGGUUGAAACCAUUUCAGGAGACUUUGAAGCGAAAGAAGCCAAAACAUGAUUGACCCCUUACGGAUGGGCAAAUGGAUCAGUUGGACUUGACUUCAAGCUCAAAGACUGCUGUUCCAUACUAGAGAUAUACUACAGAAAAUCGAAAAAGGCAAAGACAUGUAUUCAAUGUUGUCUUGCUUCAGAUGUUGCAUUGACUAUCCGUUUAUUGUAAUUCUUCAGUUGCAGAAAGAACAAACAUGGUGAAUAAUUGUCUUCUGCAUUC